GUGUGGGGGGGGAGAAGAAGAAGGGGAGAAGGGGAAAACCCGCCGAUAUAAUCGAAAGAUGAGUCUGGUUGGAGGAUUCCCCCAUCACCCAGUGGUACACGAGGGUUACCCGUUCGCGGCGGCGGCCGCGGCGGCCGCGAGUCGCUGUCAUGAGGAGAGCCCCUACUUCCACGGAUGGCUCAUCAGCCACGCCGAGAUGUCGCCCCCCGACUACAGCAUGGCACCGUCCUACAGCCCCGAGUACGUGAACGGCGCCGCCGGGCUCGACCACUCCGCCUACGGGGGGGUGUCGGCGGCGGCGGCGGUGGCGGCGGUGGCGUCCGGGGUCCGUCCGCCCAAGCGCAGGGGCACCGCCAACCGCAAGGAGAGGCGCAGGACUCAGAGCAUCAACAGCGCCUUUGCGGAGCUGCGCGAGUGCAUCCCCAACGUGCCCGCCGACACCAAGCUGUCCAAGAUCAAGACCCUGCGCCUGGCCACAAGCUACAUCGCCUACCUCAUGGACCUGCUGGCCAAGGAUGACCAGAACGGAGAGACCGAGGCCUUCAAGGCGGAGAUCAAGAAGGUGGAUGUCAAGGAGGAGAAGAGGAAGCGGGAGCUGAAUGAAGUUUUGAAGAAUACAGUUAGUAGCAACGAUAAGAAAACAAAAGGAAGGACUGGAUGGCCUCAACACGUCUGGGCUUUGGAACUGAAACAGUGAAAGCUUGAACCUGAACUCAGGGGGGAAGAGACGUCCAGACUUGUAAAAAAUAUUCAUCGUAAACUUUCGCACGUCGACAGAAGCUAUAUGUUCAGAAUCAACUUUAUUUAUGUGCAAUUUCUCACCCCAGAGAGCGGAUUGUUGGAAGAAAAGGCAUUCCGUAUUUUUGAAGAAAAGGCCAAGUUGGUAAGGGGUCGUAUUGUUUCACAGUAGAUGUGAAUGUUUUUUAAGUGUUAAAUGUUUUAUAGCACACACACAAAAAAAAAGACUUCUUGGUAAAGAAUUAUGUAUUUUGUGAAAUGUAUCUUGGACUUCAUUUGGGAUAUAAAUAUUGAAGUUUUUUAAUGUUGUAUUGAAACAAAAAAGUAGGUGUACCAAAGUGCAAAUAGGCAAUGUUAGUGUGCAAGUAUAUAGUGUUGUAUUGUGGUCAUUCAGUAUUUCGUUCAAUAUUUUCAAAAGUUGUUUUUGGCUUGUGCACUUCCGUCCAAAAAAGUGGAGAUAAAGUAUUGGAGAUGUAAACGUUGUAAUUAUGUCAAUAAAAAAACACUUUUUUUUUACAAAAA